AUGUCUGGGCCAAUGAUCUGCAGCUUUUCCUGCAGUGCGAUAGGAAAGACAAGGGCCACACGCGAUGCUACUGCCGGUCUUGCUGUGCGUAGUCACUUGCCCUCCACUGAGCGUGCGCACUUUAGUCAGUUCAAGAGUGCUAAGACCUUGUACGACGCUGUAGUUGCACGCUACUCUUCCCCUACCACUGCUGCCCUUAGCCGCCUCAUGCUGCCGUACCUGUUCCCCGACCUUGCCGCCUUUCCCACUGUCGCUGAUCUCAUUACGCACCUUCACACUAGUGACACCCGCUACCGCGCUGCGCAUCCUGCUGAGUUCUGCGCCAAGAACCCCCCCCCCAUGUACAUCACCCUCUACUACAUAGUCACCGGGCUACGUGACUCCCUUCGCUCGGUCAGGGACCACUUCCUCUCUGUUUGCCCCACCACACUCACCGUUGACCUCCUCGAGAAGCGCCUCUUGGCAGCUGAGAAGAGUAUAGUCGCUGUAGGAACCUCUCGUGGUGACCUUCGUACCCCCUUCUUUGAGGGGUGCCCCCCCUCCCCACUUUUGCCCUCUAAUGCCUCUACUGCUGCCAUCGACUUCGUUGGCACCGAGUCGGUCGGCGCCGCGUCAGCCCCUAUCAGGAGACGCUGCACCGGCAAGGGCAAGGGGGGCAAGGGCGCCGGAGGGGCUGGCGGGGGUGGUGGAGGUGGCGGUGGAGGCGGAGGAGGGGGUGGGGAUGGCGGUGGGAGUGGUGGCGGGGGUGGGGGCUUCGGUGGCGGCGGUGGCGGUGGGAGCGGAGGAGGCGGAGAAGGAGGCGGUGGCAGAGGUGGCGGCAGCGGCGGUGGAGCUGAUCGGGGUGGCUCUGUGCAGCGGGGCGGCUUCGGUGGUGGUCAGUGCCAGCAGCAGCAGCGCACUCGUGAGACCCCGCCCCCUCAGCAGCUUCGUGACUAG